AUGCUUUCAGAGUUUGCUCCGGCGCCAAGAUCACUGGCCGCUGCUUCUGCAUCUGCUCGGGGUCAGCAGAAGCAGCUGGGCCAUGAGCGAGGCUUGAUUUCGCGAGGUGAUCCACACAACUACUGCAUUGUCGAGGAAGUAGAAAUUGAUCAGCAGGUGUUGUUCGUUCGCGGCUGGGUGAUGGGCAAAGUGCUGGACCCAUGUUUGGCAGAAAUUAUCGCUUCGCCGUUGCAAGCUUUCGAAGCAGAGGCGGAAGAUCCGCCCCGUGGCCUGCGAAUGGGGGGAAUGCAGGUUCGUCGGGUCGUGCAGGGGGGCUUGCGGUGCUGUGCCGACCGUGCGCAGAUUGCUUUCGUUUCUGCGUUUGCUUCUGGGACCUACGUUUUCGAUAUGGACCAGAUUAUUCAGACGUGUCAGCAAAGGAUGUUCCUGACAUCGCGGCUUGGGCGAUACGAUGUGCACGCCGCUGGCCAAGCGGGUGUGAGGAUGGACGGUUCUUGCAUCUCCAGCUUUUCGGGGGCCAAAGAUCCCCGAACAGAGUUGGCCCAGGCUCAGGCUCCUGUCGGCCUGUUGCAGCUGCCUCGCACGCGUGGGGAGAGGUUGCGGCAUUUGGAGAUCCUUGACCAAGUUCCCUUCGAUCUCGUUAAUGCUUACCACGAGCGGGAGGCGGAGCGAGGUCAGCUUGUUGGUGCGGCUCGAGGCCCCAUCGGGAAGAUUCUGAGGCGACAUCGACAGGAUGAUUCGACGACUUUGAUCCGAACAAUGCUUAAGGCAUGCGUGGAGAAGCGCUGGGAUCCAAUGCUCUGGGACACUUUCGCGGAAGCCGUGCAGACCGAGCAGAAUCGGCUCACUCCCAGUGAUAUUUCUUUGGUGUUGUUCUGCUUCAUGAAGGCCGACUACCGACGCGACGCCUCCCUUGUUCCAGAGCUGCUGAAGAUCCUGGCCUCUUUUGCCGUGAUGCCAGCUGCAUCUCCUCGGUCUGCACCCGGACACGCUUCGAACACGCUGGCGACGGUCGCCACAGCAGCCCUUCCCACCAGUGGGCGGAAGCAUCGAAGAAAAAGCGUGCAGCCUGGGGCUUUGAAGGCCAGGCCGGGAGGCGGCCGUCCUGCGAAGAAGGCGUCCUUUCCUGAGUAUGCUUUGCUUGCGAGCUUUGCCGCUGCCCAGAACUUCAGCCUGGGCAAGGCCUCCGGGGACGACCUGGCCAAGUUGUGCGGUCGCGCUUUGCAGAGUUCUUCUGAGCUUUCAGGCCGUGUCCUGUGUCGAUUGGUGCACCACAGCGGUAGUCUUAUCCAGGCGACGGGAGGAUGCGGCCCUGCAUUGAAACUGCUCUUGGGGAUGCAGCAGGAGCUUCGGCAGCGUCUACUGGCUCAGCAAGCAGGAGCAGACGCGGCAAUAUCGGCAUCUGAUCUAUGCCUGGUAGCGCACGCCUACGCGCAGAUUCCGCAGCGAGCGGACAAAGGCUUGUUUCAGGAGAUUGAGAAGAGACUGUUGGAUGAUGCAUCGCUGAUCGAGCCAAGAGCUUAG